AUGGCCUCAGAGGGCGUACCAAUUGAAUUGCAAUCCUUACACCAUGGUCAGAGAUUUACUUUACAUGGAUGUAACAGCACAUCAGAUUCUUCUGAUGACAGUGACGAUGAUUACGAAGAAAAGGACGCAGGGGAUAUUCAAGACCAUCCAUCUGUGCAUGACAUUGUCGCAAAAUGCAGCACAUUUGCAGGAAUGGAAAUCACUGGUUGCUUUGAAGGAGAUAAAAUCAAACCAGGACAACGAGUAGUAAGAGGAAUUGAUUGGGAGAAAAACAAUGAUGACGACGGAGGGAAUGGUAACGUAGGAACUGUAGUGGAAAUCCUAAACAACGCCAAAGAGGUGCGAGUGCAGUGGGACUCACAGGAGGAUGCUCACCAUGACGAAGAUAAGUUUAAGUACAGAACAGGACUCGACAGAAAAUACGAUCUUCGACUUUUUGAUAAUGCGCAAACAGGUGUAUAUCAUAAGUACUUCGCCUGUGAUGGUUGUAAUGAAAGCCCAAUAAAAGGAAUGAGAUGGCGAUGCUUGUACUGCGAAGACUAUGACUUGUGUACAGACUGUUACAUGUGGGAUGAACAUGAUUUAGAUCAUGCAUUUGAAAGACAUCAAGGAAUGAAAACAAAAAGUGUCAAUGUGGGAAUGAGGGUCGAUUUAGAUUUUGAGGUGGCAAGUGGAAUUUUUUGCAAUACGAAUGUGAUAUCGAGAAAAGAUCCAGAAAUUAAAGGGGAAGUGACAAAUAUGGCUGAUCAUAUUGUCAUGAUAUAUAAUUGUGACGCAAAAGUUGUCUGGCUAGGAGAGAGUUUGACCAAAAGAUACAGGGUCGGGAGAGAAGGGAAAGUGGACCUAAAAUUUGUAGUGCCGACAGAAAUGCCAUACAUUGAAGAUCAUCUCCAGGAAAUCAGUAAAGAUAAUGCAAGUGUUGGAUUACGAGUCGUAAAAAAGUCAGACAACGGACACUCAAUAGUUGGCACAAUCACAUCUAUAAAGAAGGAUGCAGGAGCUGGGAAACAUGAACGAAAAAGAGGACGGCGACGCCAAAAUCACCGACAGUCUCGGGUUUUGCCGCAAAAUAUAGCAAUAGAAGACGGUUCCAAAAGACAGUCUUCUGAUGAAACAGAAUAUUUUUUCAUCUCUGUUCGGUGGGAUAACGGUGAAACUGAAGAACUUGAUUCUAGUAAAGGAGAUAUAUUACUGUUUGAUAACAGCCAAAUAGGGAUUAUACAAGGCGCAUUUUGCGAUGAAUGUGGAAACAAUAAGAGAAUAAAGGGCAUUAGAUGGAAAUGUUCUACCUGCCCCGACUAUGAUCUUUGCACGCCUUGUUAUAUGUCUGGCAAUGACGAUCAUACUGACCACCGAUUUUUACGAAUCACAGAACCAACGAAAAGAACAAUUUUAGACACACCAAGGAAUGCGAGAGAUUUAAAAAGACAAAAAGCUCUUGGCAUAUUUAAAGGUGCUAAAGUUCAACUACUUGAGGAUGAAAGAGGACCUGUGGGGAGAGUAGAGGGAAUAUGCCAUUACAGAAUAAACAACUAUACAUGUAUCGUUGUUGUUGAUACAGAAAAUGGCGAGGAAUACAAAGGGCAGAUUACCGAUUUUCGAUGCGAGGAGGAUGAGGACUCGUUUGAAUACUAUCCUACACAUCUUCCCGAUUAUGGAAAAGGUAUUCAAGGAUAUGUGACAGUAACAGAUAAAGACACAAACGCUGAAAUUGAUGUUGAGCUCUGGUAUCAGAAAGACAUUCCAAAAUCCACCUCGGAAGUGCAGUAUAGUCUGUACCUUAUUUUUGCUCACAAAGUUGCAAAAGAAUCCGAUAAUAAUGAAGACGGAUUUCGGCCUCUGAAAGAUGUGAAAAAAUUCGCACGUAAACAUCAUGUACCUUGUCAACUGGCUGCUGAGAAGAUAUUGUUUGUAAGUGAAGUUGUUGUUAUCCAUAAAGAAACCGACUAUGACACCAUUCAGAAACUGGUAAAACUGGGUGUGCGGAAAUUCGUUAGAGGAGAUAGUGAUGAAGAUGAAGAUGAACAAACCUAUUUUCUUCGCAUGUCCCAUUAUUUGAGCGGAAGAGUGCCUUUGCCAGUCUUUAUUUCCUUACGGAAUGGAGUCCUGCACUCUGACAACGCCCUCAUUGCUGCCUCAUACCACAAAAUCCCUGUCAUCUGUUUCAAGAAUAAUGCAAAAGAUGUUUAUGUGCUGACAAUGAGGAGAGAUGAGGUAUACUACGAAUACAGGUCUGUUGAAGGAAUGGAGCACAAACUGGACUUAAAAAGUCCAUGGAAAGUCAGUACUUCGUGUAAAAAGGAUUACUUUGUCGGGUGUUACAGGCACGAUAACGUCGACGAUGAAAUAACAAAACUCUCGGACUUAGGAUCCGAUCUGGAAAAUUUGGAUGCUUUAGUUUGUAGCCUGUUAAUUGGAGUAUUCAUGAACAGGAACUCCGAGUCAGAAAACGAUAUUUUUGGCUACAACACUCGUGUAUACCCUAAUGCACUAUCUAUGUAUUUGUUGAAAACUGGGAAGUGGAAAAUUCCAAAGAAUGCCAUCACAGCAUCUUUCAACUACCAAUCAAUCGAGUACAUUUUUGAAGAAAAAAUGACGAAAUAUUUCAAGGAGGGUCUCUGGAAGGAAUUGGAAUUAAAGACAAAGUCGGCAUAUACUGCCCCAAAAUGGAAAGAAAGAGAAAAUGAAGAUUCAAGCAACAAAGAUACUGACGAGGUCGAUGGAAGAAGAGAUGGAUAUCUGAAUGUUAAGAUAUCUGGACUUUUUGGUUUGAUCUUCUUGGCUCUUUUGAGAAAGAAAUAUUACGAUGGCGCCAAGCAGCUUAUAGAGACGGGCUGUGUUCGUAUUACUCAUCUUUUAAUUGGAUGUGUAAUUCUACAAGAAGCUGCAGACGAUUGGCAAACCAGUCAACUUGAAAAGGACAAAUUGUUAAGAAUGAAAACUUUGUGCACUCAGCAGGCUUUGCGAAUUACAAGUUGUAUUCAUGAGGCGGAUACAAAACCCGAAAAGAAAAGGGCUAAAAAUGAGGAGAAGGAUGCAGAACAGGUUGGACAUCAAAUCAACCACGCUGGAAGACUUUUACUAAAUCAUGGAUACUUGUCAGAUGCAAUAAAGACACAAAAUAGCGUGUACUUAAAUGAUGAGAUAGUCAAGAAAGUCAUUAGCCAGAUGUGGUACAAUAGCGAAAGUAUUUCCCUUCAAAGAGGUUUACUUUUUUUGUUUUUCACCGUGUUUCAUUUCCUGUUGUUGCCAGUUUUGAUGAUCACAAUGGAAAACAGGCCUUUGCAGUGGUUAUACAGACAGUACAAAGUCCCUGCUAUGAAGGUUCUACUUAAUGCUUUUGGCUGGGUGGCUGUUUUAACUGCAUUUGCCUACAUGUUACUUUUUGAUUUUACUGACGGGAUCUCAAAAGUGGAUUGGUUUUUGAUUGGAUGGAUGGCAAGUUUUUUCCUUGACGAAUCAAAACAGAUUGUUAUCUCAUUACGACGAAGAAAGUUUAGGGAAUAUGUAAAUGACUGGUGGAAUCGAUUAGACUGGAUGUUAAUGGGAGUGUAUCUCGGUGGAAUGCUGCUUAAACUUGGCGAGGGAGAAAAAUAUCAUAACGCAUCUAAGACACUUUUGGUUUUGACCUUCAUCUUGAUGUGUAUUAGAUCUCUUAACAUGUUGAUGAUAUCAGAGAUUAUUGGAGCAAAGUUAGUGAUGAUAAAGAAAAUGUUUAUGGACACAUUCGCUUUCUUGACAAUCAUGACGGUGGUCAGUGGGUGCUACAGCGUGUCAUACUACGCCAUUCUUUUUACUGACAACUCUGAUCUUAGUUUUACCGAAAUUGAAAGAAUUAUCCGGAAUGGGUUUUGGAUUUUAUUUGGGGAAUUGUCCCUUGAGUAUGAUAGAUUAAGAGAACCAGACUGUACAUUCAACAAAACGCUCUACAAAAGUGGUGUGAUGGAUCGCUGUCCAUCUGAAUGGGGAUUGUUUCUGGCACCAUACCUUAAAGCUCUGUAUGCUGUAAUCGCCAUAAUUUUGCUCUUAAAUCUUCUGAUCGCUAUGUACAGCCACACAUUUGAGGAGGUUCAUGAAAAAAGCAAGUUCUAUUGGUCGCAACUUCAAACAGAUUUUUUGGAAGAAUAUAGUGUGAAGAGCAUUUUCCCAGUUCACUUCCAACUCUUAGCUUUACCUGUUUGCUUGGUUCAUUUCAUUUUUUGGUGUCCUUUUCAUUUCUUAUGCCCAAGCUGUGGAGGAGAUGACUUCUCUGAUACAGAAUCAGAUUAUGAUGAAUAUUUUAGAGAUGAAGAUGAUGACGAUGAAUUUAACAAAAGUCCCAUGUUUGUGAGGGUUUUCCUAUAUGACACAAACUUUGAUUUGCAAUUAAAGCGAACACGCGACGCAGAGGGCCAAGCUGCUUUAAAGGCAUCGGGAAAUCUCGAAGUGACGGAUGAAGACAAGUUUACGUUGCUCCAAAGCAAGAUAAAACGGCAAAAACAGACCAUAAAAGAAAUCCAUGACAUGACCUCAAAGAUUUUGUCUGAGAUAAGAGAGAUUAAAAGAGAUAAAAAGCCCUUGUCUGUUUCAGACUCCACAUCAUCAGACGAAUCUGACGAAAAUUACGACUCGGAUGAUAUUUGAAUACUAGUAUACGGAAAAGUAUGGAGAAUGAAAAGGUUAUCUUCAGUUAUAUCAGUGCUAGAUAUGUUACCAACAAGAAUAGUGACUCUUCAUACAUAUUUCUUUUAAAUGAUUUUAGUUAUGUCAUAAUGCACACGUAUUAGGCUGCUAUUUUAAUGUAAAGAUCUAGUAAAUGAAAGGUGCCUACAGAUUUCUCAAAUUUGAGAAAUACAUUUCUUUCAAGAUGCUUUAUAAUAUUAGCUUGGUCUAAUAAGGUGUUUCGAAGCAUAACUUGUAGGUAAACAAGACGAAAAUUUAUAUUUUACACUGUCAUUUUCAAAGAAAAAUUAAGAAAACAAGUAACGAAUACGGGAGUUUUUUUCCAUAUCAGACAAAGGAAAUGUACCCAGAUUGCCUACAGUCUCUCAGAAAACGGUAAUUUGUAUGUUCUUGGCCUCUUCUUUAAAAUAAUAUUAAACUGAAUAUAGGUAUCGGGAUUACUUUUCACAUGAUUUCAAAUUGAAUUCCUUGAAAAUACUUUAUUUUCUAUAUAAUUUUAUUAAAGCCGUAAAGUAUGGGAAAAAGAAAGUUGAAACUGAUUAUGACGUCAUAAUGGAUCUAGCACCAAAAAGUAAGUCUAAAGUCAUUUACUAGAUCUGGACUUUAAGAGGUCUCAAUGAUUUGUUUUCUAGAAAUUGUAAAUUUAAUGUUAUAAUAUUUAACUUCUAUUUAUGCGAGAAAAUAUUUUAGCUGCUUCUAAUGAUAUUAACCCCAAAAUCAAGAGUAUCAUCAGUUGAAUCCAUUAUUGAUAUUUUUGGUAUCAUUUUUAUUAUUACU